CCCUCCUCACUUCGCUCAGUCGAUUCUACGCGCUUAUAGACUAUGCGCACUGUUGAUGCGCUCCGAAAUUACCGUACAAUCGCGCGUAGUGUUCAGUGAUGUGCCUAUGGAUGAGUUUUACUGCAGAAUAAAGUGCCAUAGCGAGUUAUAACAUUGGAUUUGUUUAUUGAUGGGAGUGUAAUAGGAGUAUCGAGAUGCGACAUGCGUGCUCUGUGUUCGGUUCGCGGGCCGUUGGGCGGGGAGACGCGCGCGCUCGGCGCAGGCGCACGCCUCCUAUCCCUGCGGAUGCCCGGCCAACCGCAACCCAUCCACUUUGUAGUAGAGGCAAAGGCAAGAGUCAAGGAACUGAAAGCUUUAGCAAACGCCCACGCGCAACUCCAAGGCAUGACCGAUACAGAACUCUUUGGAUUGGCUAUUUUACAAAAUGGGGAGUUCUUAUUCGUUGAUUUGGAUAGUAAAUUAUCUAAAUAUGCACCAAAGAGCUGGAGAUCAUCUCAUACCCACGGUUUAGACGCCAAUGGAAAGCCACUUCUCGAACUUCAUCUAGUCGUACAAUUUCACGUGGAGAGUCCGCUACUUUUGCAUGACGAUGUUGGUCGUCAUUUAUAUUAUCUACAACUCCUUCAGAAUAUUCGGUCGAGAGAUACUCUACCAGUUGAAAUACUUUUACUCUUAAUCGGGCUAGCAUUACAAGCAGACUAUGGCGACGAGGAAUCUUAUGAAAACAGAGAAUACUUUAAAAUAGAAGAUUACGCGCCGCCUUCUUUAACGGGCGACUGGGUGUCGGCCGCCGUGCGGGCGUGCCAUCGUGAACAUCGGGGCUUGAACAAAAUUGACGCAGAAACCAGAUUUAUUAGAGAAGUUUGUCUGCUUCCCGAUACAAUUAAUUCACAUAGAUAUCGACUAAAGCAUUCAAAGUCAGAAACUGAACCUGGAACUGUGUGGCUCUUAGUUACGGCAAAAGGUAUAAAAAUUUUGCCAGACAAUGGUCCAACAUCGAAUUUUAUAUGGAGUUCUAUUGGGAAAUUGAGUUUUGAUCGAAAAAAGUUUGAGAUUCGAACUGAAGAAGGAAAGAUAACAUUAUAUUCUUCAAGUGAAGAAAAAUGUAAAUACCUGUUUGCUCUAUGUAAAGAAACUCACCAGUUCUCAAUGAAAAUAUCUCCGAAAUUGAAUGAAAUUUUACGAAAGGAGGAAGAAGAACGCAAGACGUGUUUUGGUUAUUCAAAAUCAUUUAGCUUACAAUCCAAUAAAAACAAAAGUGAGCAAAGAAUAUCACUCAUAUCAUCUACAAGCUCAAACACGACAUCAGGAAUUGUGAGCGACAGGGUCCAAUCAGAAGAUGAAUUAGAAAUAAUGAUAGAUUCGCCUCCAGCACCGUCAACAGAAAGUUUGGCAUUUGCUCAUUUAUUAGAUUGCUCUAAUUCAUAUUUAAUUCGUAAUAUUUCUAACGAAAAUAAGUCCUCAAAUAAGACAUCUACGCUACAAGUACAAAAACCUAAAUUGCGUAAGAAAAGUAAAGAAGAUGGCGAAAAAGUUUCCAAAAAUGAUAUUUCGUCAGAUCAAGAUUCUGCAAGUCAAUUUGAGGACACUAUAUCUAUACCUGACCAAACUACAAGUGAGGCCCUAUCUGAUAGCCCUGUUUCUAACAAAAUAAAAUGUACAGGAUCUCAAUGUUCAUCAUCUUGUAGUACCGUAAUAAUGGCUCGUGCUGGUUUGAGUACACUUAGCAGAGCGUCUAAUGGAAGUAGUUUAGAAUUAGGUUAUAGCCACACAGCGCAAAAUUCCAUGCUAAGCGAUAACAGCACAGUUGGAAUUGAUAUCGAAUACACACAAGAUACGGCUUCAGCUCUAUAUGAUGGUCUGGGCCAAGCAGUUACUUUAGCUGCUUCUAGUGAGACAAGCGGUGUUUAUACAAUGGGAAGUUCUGAACUUACUGCACGGUCAAAGACGUAUUCUCUGUCUCAAGGUAGUCGUACGGACUACAGCGGAUCACAUUAUGAAAGGUACAAGACAGCUAAAGAUAAUGAUUUAGCGGAUUUCGAUAGCGUAUCAUCGAUACUUAAGCAUAAAUCGGAUAGAACUAAUUUAUCCAACACAAGUUCGGAUUGUAUUGAUGGAAUGCCACCAUUCUGUAAUCAAAAUCAAAUUGAAGACCAAGAGAAUGUUUUUCGAGAACGAACAAAUUCCAACCUAAGUGCCGCUUCCUUUCACGGGGAUGGAAGUGAUCCAACAGAUAAUAAACAUAACUUGCUUAGUGCAAGUGAAUUGAGUGAUUUGAUCGUUGGCCGCGGAGUAUAUCCAAAAACUCAAUCAGUAAGCGACACUUUCGAUUCAGUUUCCGAUUACGUUAGGCUUCCCAUACCAUUUACAGGCGAAAGUUAUCAUCAAAAUCAAGAAGAAUCUACGGGUGCCCCACCCGUAGACGAAAGUUAUCUCAACAACUCCUUUUUUGAUCGACCUCCCACACCACCCACAAGGCUUGAUAGCAGAAAAGGCCUACAUUUGUCUUUACCAAAUAUUUUAGAUUUAGAUGAAAAUAGCACAAUGUUACCCAGAUAUCCUGAUAAACCUCCACCACCAUAUGAAUAUAAUCACAAAACUCUUUCUUCUUGUUCAACUGUGCCAUCAAAACCUCCACCAGCAUAUCCUGGCAUCGCUAGUGCCACUACUGCGAAAGUGGUGGAAAAAGAAGAAGUUCCAGCAAGAGUAGUUACUUCCAAACCUAUGAUAACAAUUCUAAAAGCAGAAGCGGGAGAAGUGAAUGCCUCAGGAGAACGUACAUUUGCUAGUCCUAUGGUAUUAGAACACAGAUUUCAAAAAUCCAAACGACACCAAGCAUCAAGUCGAAGAGCCGAGCGAUCAAAGUUAGCCCAAGGCUUAACAAGCAACUUGUCACCCUCCAGAGAACUGUCACCAAAUAUAGAUUCUAAUGUUCUUGUAGCAAUGAUGAAAUUACCUCCGCCACCACCUCCUCCGCGACACGCAAGAUUACCCCCACCACCGCCUGUCACCCGGCUGCCGCCACCACCUCCUCCACACAAUCCUAUGUUCCAUCAACAGCUUUAUAGUGACGUGGAUUAUGUUUACUACCCACUUCAAGACCCUUCUGUUUCGCAGCAAAACUACCUCGACCACAAACUUACUGAAUCUCGAAUAUCAAACAUGCACAAGAGUGCUUUGCAUUACAGAAGUACACCCUUUCUUUCCACUUCAUUAUCAUGCUCUUCCACUUACGGGUCCAUACAAAAUUUAUCAGAUUCCUAUGUUCAAAUCCCAGGUACGCGCACUAGUUGGUACUCUAUGACGAGCCGCAAUUCUACAAGCAGUCAUUCCAUAAACUUGGAUAGACCUCCAAUACCGACUCGCAUUAUGGAAUCCACGAGUUUCAAUCGAACUAAAUCACACGAAAAUAUGCUCAUUAUAAAAGACCCACCGCCUUUGAAAUCGAGACGAAUGCCGCCUCCUCCACCGCCGCCUUACGAGCAUAAGAAGAAAAUUCCAUCUCACUUAAAGGAAAUAAAACUCCCUAAUUCUAGUUUUAGCAGUAACUUUAACAGUGACAUUGGUGUUAAUAAAGUGAAAGACUCUUCUAAUUGUGAUCUAGAUAUAAAAAUUCUUAGGGAAAAAAGCAAGAACUUGGACUUGCCGCUUAUAGCUGCUUUGUGCAAUGAUCGAUCGUUAUUAAAACAGACAAAAGCAUUUGGUGCUCCAAAAUUAAAACAAACAGUAAGUGACUGUGAAAGUGAUCGUAAAUGUGCAAAGUUAAAUCAAAACACCACCGACAAUAUAGAUUUAAGGAAUAAAUCAGACAUUAAUGCAAGAAAAGUAGUAACAGGUUCGCAAAAAAGAAUAUUGGUCCGAAAUCCAACAGAUAAACUUCCAGCAUUACCUGGCACUGAAAGUCAUACUCCAAGAGCUAUGUCUAACACAUACGUUAUGCAUCCGAGUGUUAUUAAGAGUAAAAAAAGUCAACCUAGUUCAUGACAUUAACACAUUAGAUGCAAUUUACAUUUGCAGCCAAAUUAGUUUUUGUGAAUCCUUCCAGUGCUAUGCUCUUUUCUUUCUUAUUCAUUAGUUGUCAUCUUAACAAUAAAGACUGAAAUCCAUGCAUUUCCAUAAACGCGAUCGCAAUUCUCUGUAAAAACUUUAUGGCUUAAAAAAUGUACCUACACAUAAGGGAAUUCAAGUAACUCGUAAAUAAAGGUCAUAAGCAUACAUAUUAAAUAUUCUAACUAUAAAAUAAAAAUAAAAACUUUUCUGAAUAUUAAU